CAAAAGAAACGGUAGCAAAAAUACUCUGUACAAAAAACAGGCCAGAUCAACAUGAUAACAGAGAUCAUGGGAACUCGUCUGGCGAUUCUGCUGUUAAUGAGUGGAGCCGGUUUCAUAAUUCUUGAAGCAACAGCAGAGCCACAAUUUACGGCAAUGUACGUAUUUGGUGAUUCACUGACGGACCCUGGGAACAACAUUUAUUUCAACUACAGUGUGACGAAAGCCAACUAUUGGCCUUACGGUAUUGAUUCUGAUAUAGGACCAACUGGAAGAUUCUGCAACGGGAAGACCCUUGUGGACUUCAUUGGUGAGUUUUUGGGACUUCCAUUGAUUCCAUCCUAUGCAGAUACGGCUGCCAAAGGUGCUGACAUUCUAUCAGGUGUAAAUUAUGCUUCAGCUGGAGCAGGAAUUCUUGAAGAGACAGGAUAUCAUUUUGGCCGUGUGAUCCCUCUAGGCGAACAAGUGAGCAACUUCAAAACCACCUUGAAUCAACUCAGGAACCAAAUGCAGGAGGAGGAGUUGAGCAAUUAUUUGGCAAAGGCCAUUGUAUUUGUGGAUAUGGGCGCUAACGAUUACCUGAACAACUACCUAUUACCUCAUCUCUACAGAAGUAUGACCACUUAUAGUCCUCAACAGUUUGCCGAUCUCCUCAUAAAUCUCUACACAGGACAUAUAUUGGAACUCCAAAGCUUAGGACUGAGAAAGUUCUUCAUAGCAGAGGCUGCGCCCAUUGGUUGCAUACCCUUUAUAAUCGGGUCAGAGCUUGCCCCUUCAGGAAAGUGCCAGAACUUCUCGAAUAACUUGGUGCAAAUUUUCAACUCCCGACUCAAACCUCUUGUCUAUAACCUCAACUCGGACCACCCUGGAUCUGUAUUCACACUUGGCUCUUCGUAUCAGUUAUUCAUGGACCUGCGUGACAAUGCUGAAGCAUACGGGUUUAUGGAGAAGGAUGGAGCUUGUUGUGGGAUCGGAGGGAGAAAAGGAGCGUGUCUUCCAAAUACAGUGCCAUGUUCAAAUAGAGAUGAGUACAUAUUCUGGGAUGAAGCUCAUCCUACUCAAGCUACCAACUGGAUUCUUGCAACUUGGAUUUACAACAACACCUCCUACACAUUCCCUGUCAGCAUACAGCAAAUGGCAAGAAUGUAAGAGACAGAGAGAGAGAGAUUGUGCCUGUCUGCCCAUCAAGCUUGCUUGCUCAGAAUCCACAAUCACUUGAAAACUCCUGCAAACGCAAGCACAUCCAUUUGCCUUGGCUUCUAAUUCAGUCUACUCCUUAGAAUUGCUUUUUAUUAGUAACAAUGUUUGGCAAACUUUUGUAGUCUUAAGAUGUUGCAUCAUCAUCUGUAAUAAGAGAAUGUUAGAGAUAUGAGCAUUCUUGAUAUUUUGGUUAUGUAAUAUGCUUUUUGUUUCUACAUAUUAAAGAAUUAGCUAAUAAAUCACCA